AAUAAAUUGAUUGUUUUUAUAACUAGACGCUACUUCAUAAUUAGUUGUUUAGUCAUUCAAGGUACUUUUGAUCGUACCACCAUUAAUUAUCGAUAAUGAAAGUCUCUGUGUUGGGUUUUUAUCUCGGUUGCGUGCCAUAUAAUAUUGCAUAUGAUCUUCAGAAGUCUAUCGUCAAACUACUGAAGUCUCUUGAUAAUCCUUCGGUGCAUUGUAUCUUACUUCUGGAACACUGUCCAGUUUACACUAUUGGUAUACGCCACACAGAUCCUAUGAAUGACUAUGGCGAGUAUACCAUUAAACAUCUCAAACGUCUUGGGGCUGAAUUUGUUAGUUCUGAUCGUGGAGGUUUGAUUACAUAUCAUGGCCCAGGACAACUCGUAGCCUAUCCGAUAAUUAAUCUUCGGUGUAAAUCUUUACAAGGUCGUGGUUUAAGGUGGUACGUUGGGGCUUUAGAAGAAGCCGGAAUCAAACUGUGUUCACAAUUUGGUGUGACUACAUUUGCUGGUAAGGAUUCGGAGACUGGUGUUUGGUCUGAUUCUAGGCACAAAGUUAUGGCUAUUGUUAAUAAUUUAUUUUUAGUUAGGUAUCCGCCAGAGCAGUUCAGUAACGUAUCAUGGGAUAGCUCUAAACUGUACCACUGAACCACUUUCAUGGCUAAGACAAAUCGUUCCUUGUGGUUUAGCUGAUCGAGAUGUUACGUGUUUGAGUGAAGUUUGUGGUAAACAAUGCACACCAAAGGAAGUGGCACCUACAAUGUCAGAUUGUCUGGUUUCAAGUCUGUUUAAAUUACAUAUGAAUGACCAGUUUUGUGUUAAUUACCAAUUUCGCAAUGAUAUGGCGGGCGAUUGGUGUAAUUUAAUACGAAAUGUCAACGGUGGUUAUGAAGGUUGUUCAGAAUCGUUUUCAGUCAGUAAAUCUUGGUCUUGUACAGUUAAGGAUAUCCUCUUCUCGUUACAUUCUCAUUUUAAUAACUGUACUGCCAGCAAUGCACUAUUCAAUAAUAAAUAAUAUUGUGUACGCUUUUCUUGAUUUGUAUUUUUUCCAAUCUUCAAAUGACGAAAUAAACCCAUUGGAUAAAUAAAGUCA